GUGAAUUCUUCAUUGUUAAAUCACUAAUCAUUAAUCAGUAAUAUUCGCUGAUCCACUGAACAGUAGCUGAAAUAGCUCCGAGUUGUAGUUUAAAUAAAUACCAAAGUAUUUAGUCUAAGUGUAACAACAUUUUGCAAAUUCUUAACACACUGUGUUCAUACUUAUAUAAAAAAAAAAUUAUUUUACAUUAACUUACUAGUAUUGCUUUUAUUAUUUUUUAACAAUGCCUAUGGUCUGUAUGGAUAACUUGAACUUGGGAAAUUGUUUGUGGUUUGAAGGAGGAAGUGAAAAAAGAAAUGUUGUUUCUGGGAUGAUAUCAGGACUUCUGUUUGCAGUCGGAUGGUGGCUAAUAAUUGAUGGUAUGGCAGUAAACCCUAGUCAAGUUCCUGGUACCUAUCAUAUUUGUGGAUUGGUUGGAACAUUUUCAUUGUUUAUGAUCAACGUUGUAUCUAAUUCUCAAAUUCGAGGAGAAGCUUACUCGGGAGGAUGGUUUGGACCCAGAGGAGCACGUAGUUGGUUAUUUAUGGGUUUUGUAUUGGGUUUUGCUGCUUUGAUUGCUGCUUGUUGGAUAUUUUUUGCGGAUUUUGUAGCAGCUAAAAGUUCAAUUAAACCAAAUAUGACAGUUGGACUUGAACUGUUUUUUCAAAAUGUUUUUAUAUUUGCUGCUUCUCUGAUUUACAAAUUUGGUCGUGUAGAAGAUCAAUGGUAAAGAAAAAAUAAUACUAAAAUGAUCAAUGUGGUACUACAUUAAAAAAUAUUUGUAUUCAAUUUCUACAAAAAUUAAAUCGUGUGUAAUAACUAAUAAGCAUUUAAGACUAUAUUAUUGUAAAUAUUUUUUUUAAUACAAUUUUAGUUAUUUAAAAAAAAAUACUAUUUAGUAGAUUUAGUUUUCAGAUUUUAAUCUCUAUUAUAAAAAAAAGUUGAAAUA